AUGGGCUCGACUACUCCUGAUUUCAACACCAGCACCCCCACAUCAUCCCAAUCCUACACACUGAACCGAGAACCAGUUCAACACAGCGAACAGAAAUCAGAGACCAGCUCCAAUAGUGAGAAAUCCUUCGGCAGCGGCAACAUGUAUCGCGGUAAUCAACGCGGUGGUCGUGGCGGAUAUCGUGGUGGUAGAAGUGGCAACCGCACAUACUCUGGCAGUUCGGGUAGCUCUAACGGCCAGUACAACCCCAACCGACCAACUCUCAAGCCCGCCUCGGCAUCUCAGUCCUCUCAGGCUCCACACACUCGCAUGGAAGAUAUGGAGCGAACCCCAGCCCGUGUGGACUCACCCGUUACUCCAGUCAAACAACUUUCUUCUUUCGACUUGAACGGGAACAGCAUCAACGAGACCUACAUCGCGAGAGCUAGUACCACCCCGACACCAUCUCCGGCAAGGUCACCGAUCAUAAGCCCACCACGACAGGCCACUCAAGCGUCUCCUCGAUAUGGAGGUAAUCGCCCGCGCUUCAACUCAGCUGGUCAGCGUAGUCCACAGAGGUCAAUCUUGAGGAAUCAGACUCAGCAUUGGGCCCAUUACCAGGAACUGAAGCUCAGACUAUCGGGCAUACCCAAGAGCUGCUGGACGAAAGAGGUGUAUCAAGUAAUGGCGUCGUUUGGCUCUGUCAUCAGGAUCGAGAUGGUCACUGGCACCCGAGACUACUCCGCUUACGUGGUGUUUCGACCUCCCCCAGUGAAGACUAUUCCUCAUCAAAACCUUCGUAUCGGCGGUGCUCUCGUAGGGCUUGAGACACUCCCUUCGCAAGUCAAGACCGUACCGAGCCCAGCCAAUCCCGCCAAGUCAUACUACGAGAUCAACGUCCUACCUGUACAUGGGCUCGACUUCGGCGUCAACGUAGCAGACAAGACCAUGAUUGCCAUGCAUACCUUGCGUUCACCGGGCAGUAUCUACAUGACGCUGAACCUGGUUCGCAAAGAGCUCGACGUUCAGUUCUCGGUAGAUAUCGAUAAAGAGAUGCGCAAGUUUCGCUUUGCGUUGCCGAUUGCCCUGCUCUCCCGUAUAUACAAGACCACCGACAAAGUCACUGGCCAGCCGACUUUAAUCAUUCCGUUCAGCUCACCCCCGCAGUUCUACAUGCAGCGAAGUGAGGGUCAGCAUCUGGAGGACGGGAGACAAUGCAGUACGUUCUCUAGGAAAGAGAGGUCGUGGAAUGCCUGGGACACUUGGUACCGGGCGACCGAUAUCAUCAACAACGCCGUCAAGAGCAAGUUCCAAGGCUUGCCGUUGAUGAACCACAAGGAUACCGCCAUUAUCGACAUUGGUACGUUGCCCAUAACUUCAUCGAAGAUUGCUCAACUAACUGAUUUCUUAGGACGCUGGACGACUUAUCGCAUGAUCUUCGACGCGACAGUGAUGACUGGGCUCAAGUUCAAGGACUUCAGCGAUGCUCUGGCCGACCAUGGCGUCGCCAUUGAGGACCUGGACGAUUAUACGAUCCAAGACAUGGUCCCAUCGCCUCUAUGGUCACUGCUACAAGAAGAGAUAUCUGGAACACAUCCGCAUCUUGAGUCGACACCCUCAAAGGGCUCGGUCUUCGAAGAUCUCUUCGCUGGCCAGUUUCAUCUAAGCUUUCCCGUCCGGUACCAACUCGAGGCGUGUCUAUCGAACGGCUAUUUGAAGGAACACAACAUCACGAACGACUUCUUAGAGAAGCUCUCAGCGAUGGAACCUCGCCGUGCCGCCUACAUCCUGGAGAAAGUCGUCGAUAAACAGCACGUCUACUACGAUCCGAUGGACGUAUUCAGCAUUCGGGUUAAGGACCUUGCGAAGAAAAUCCCUAGCUACUGCAUCCUUCAGCGAUCGGUGGUAAUCACCCCAACCAUGAUGCAUGUAGCAUCUCCAAACAUGGAGACCUCCAAUCGCAUCAUCCGCAAGCAUGCUGCUGAUGGCGAUCGAUUCAUCCGAGUCAAGUUCUCUGACGAGAAGACAGAAGGUCAACUGCGCAAUAUGCCUAACGGAAGGGCUGAAGCUGCGUUUGACAGGGUACGUCGGGCCAUGAAGUAUGGCAUCGUCGUCGCUGGGAGAUACUAUGAGUUCCUAGCGUUCGGAAACUCACAGUUUCGCGAACACGGAGCAUACUUCUACGCGCUUACUUCUUCCAAGUCCGCCGAUGACAUCCGCAUCUCCCUGGGCAACUUCGAUCACAUCAAGACCGUCGCCAAAUUCGGUGCUCGUCUCGGUCAAUGCUUCUCAACCACUCGCGCAAUGCGGGAUAACGUUAAGGUUAUAACGAUUCCCGACAUUAUACGUAACAACUAUACUUUCACAGACGGUGUCGGUAAGAUCUCACAGUUCCUAGCCCAGAUGGCUGCCCAAGAACUCGGGCUUGCCCGCGCCUUCGAUGACCCCCCGUCUUUAUUCCAGUUUCGCCUUGGCGGCUGCAAGGGUGUACUUGCCCCGGAUCCAAAGAUUACUGGUCCUGAGGUUCAUAUAAGGCCCAGUCAGAUGAAAUUCGUGGCACCCUACACCGGUCUGGAGAUUAUCCGGUCCUCAUCUCUUGCCACACCCUUCUUCAACCGUCAGAUCAUCGUAGUCUUGUCAUACCUUGGCGUGCCCGAUUCUGUGGUAAUCAAGAAGCAACAAGAGAUGAUCAAUGACUACGAGACCGCAAUGGUAGACGAUAGCGUUGCCUUGCAGAAGCUUCGAAAGCACAUUGACAUGAACCAGACCACGUUGACCGUCGCAGGAAUGGUCCUCGAUGGCUUUAUGAAGUCUCAAGAUCCGUUCGUCAUGUCACUCCUCAAGUUGUGGAGGGCUUGCACUAUCAAGAACCUCAAGGAGAAGGCUCGGAUAGCCAUCGAUGACGGCGCGUUCGUACUUGGUUGCGUUGACGAAACAGCAACACUCCGAGGCCAUAUGAACGACCUCCAGCUUGAUGCUACGAAUGAGGAGAAGCUGGCAACUCUCCCCGAGAUCUUCUUGCAAGUCGAUGAUACGAGCAGGAAAGGACACUACAAAAUUAUCCAAGGAGUGUGUGUCCUGGCGCGAAACCCCUCACUUCACCCGGGAGACCUUCGAGUCGUUCGCGCGGUAGAUGUACCGGGAUUACAUCAUCUCAAAAACGUCGUGGUGCUGCCACAGAACGGGGAUAGGGAUCUCGCUAACAUGUGCUCUGGCGGCGACCUUGACGGGGAUGACUACAUGGUGCUGUGGGAUCCAGAUCUGAUACCCCAGACCGUCAAUAUGCCUGCUAUGGACUUCACAGCCGAAAAGCCGGUUGAGACCGACGACCCAAUUACUGCCGCGCAUAUUGGCGAGUUCUUCGUCAGUUAUAUGAAGAACGAUACCCUUGGCCAGAUUGCGCACGCCCAUCUGGCAAACGCAGACCUCCAGGCCGAUGGGGUCAACGACGACAAGUGCCUUGCUCUAGCGGAGUUACAUUCCAAAGCCGUCGACUUCCCGAAGAGCGGUUUGCCAGCCGAGAUGACGCGCGAAUUGAGACCACAUAUGUGGCCGCAUUUCAUGGAGAAGAAGCACCUCCCAGAAUCUAAGAUCUAUCAUUCGAGAAAGGUCCUCGGCAUCCUUUACGACCAAGUACAGCUGGUCGACUUUAAGCCUCAGUGGGAAAACCCAUUCGACAAGCGAGUCCUGGAUGCCUUUGGGCUCGGCGACGAAGUUUUGGCGAAAGCUGCGGAAAUCAAGACUUCCUACGAUGAGUCAUUGCGGCGCCUGAUGGCCAAGCAUGGCAUCCAGACAGAGUUCGAGGCCUGGUCUGUAUUUGUCAUAGUACAUAACCAUGAAAGCCGAGAUUACAAGUUCGCAGAAGAAUUUGGAAGGACUAUCGGUGCCUUCAAGUCCCAAUACCGGGAUGAAUGCCGAGCUGCUGCAGAAGACAACCUGGAGAAAUUUGUCGCCGCGAUGUAUAUGGUGACUGCGAAAGAGAUGGAGACUGCAUUGGUCGAAUGCCGUACGAAGAAGACAGUGGGUGGUAGGGAUGUUCCGGUGCGACCGAUGGAACCGGAGCACAUGCCCUUGAUUUCAUUCCCAUGGCUCUUCCCAAACGAACUGGGUAAGAUUGCGACUGGCGGUGCGACCACUCGACAGCUAGACGUCCAGCAAAACAUCCCAACCCGAUCCAAGAAGCACCCGGCAUCUUCCAUGCUGGCAGAAGUCGAUACAGAGAUUGGUGUUGUUGAGACCGAAGCGGGUAUCACGCGUUACGGGGAGUUGCUGGACCUGGACUUCAGUCUGUGA